CUCGGAACUAGAGAAGAAAGAAGUGUUUUGCGCGCGCUCUCACAGGCUGCCUGCCAGUCGUAAGUGACACGUGAUGAGAGCGCCAAAGGAAGGCCGAGUCCUACGGGGAGGGGGAUGAAGAAACCUCCCAGAAUUGAAGAGAAAAAAAAAGGGGGGGGUUAACCGCUGCUGGUCAUUGGCUGACAAGCGCGCGCACAUGCGCACAACUGGUAGGGCGAGGGGCUGGCUGGGCCAGAUCUGGAAGGUCCGCUGCUGGCAGCCCCGUAAGCCGGGGUGGGGGUGGGGAAAAGCCCGCCAGAGGGAAGUGACGUCACCGCGGCGGCCGGGCCCGGUGGCUUUCCUCUUAGAACGUUGACAAGAAGCGCCUGCCACUCUGCGCCAGCCCUAUUCCUCCGAAUUCCGCCCCCCCUCGGGAUCGCCCCGAACGAACGAACGAACGAGCGAACGCCGGUCGAAAGGUCUCGCCAUGCCGCUCCCCGUGGCCCUGCAAUCCCGUCUGGCCAAGCGCGGCAUCCUUAAACACAUGGAGCCCGAGCCAGAGGAAGAGAUUAUCGCCGAGGACUAUGACGAUGACCCCGUGGACUACGAGGGCACCAGGAUCGAGGGCCUGCCGCCCAACUGGUACAAGGUGUUCGACCCAGUCUGUGGUCUUCCUUACUAUUGGAAUGUGGAGACAGACCUUGUGUCCUGGCUGAACCCCCAUGAUCCCAGCUCUGUCAUCACCAAGGCAGCCAAGAAACUCAGAAGCAACUUGGAGCCAGAAGAUAAACUGGACCGUGGCUAUGAAAAGCUGGAAAGGGAGGAGAUGAAGGAACGACGUUACCACCGAAGGGAAGAGUUGGCCCCCUACCCCAAAGGCAAGAAAGCCAGCCGGAAGGAUGAAGAAUUGGACCCUAUGGACCCCAGUGCCUAUUCCGAUGCCCCUCGAGGUACAUGGUCUACAGGUCUCCCCAAGCGGAAUGAGGCAAAGACAGGGGCCGACACAACAGCAGCUGGGCCUCUAUUCCAGCAACGGCCAUACCCCUCCCCAGGGGCAGUGCUUCGAGCCAAUGCUGAGGCCUCCCGGGCCAAACAGCAAGACUGAGACUGAGCCCACCCUCUCCAACCUUUGUGUUCAUAAUAAAGUGUUUUCCUUUCAA